AUGGAGCCCUCCAAAGACUUCCGCUCGACGGUGCUGCAAGCGCCUUCCCGCCACGACGACCGCGACGAACGGGAUGACCGCGACCGCCGCAGCCACCACCGCGAUAUCAUGAACCCAGCACCCGGCGGCGCGCGCCAUUCGGGCUUCAGCUUGCGAUCACCAACCCAGUCCGAGUUCCAUCACCCGCAGCACUCGUCCUACUCGUCGCCCAAGGCCUCGUCGCACUCCCACCCGCACCACUCCCCGCGAUCCCUCCAGUCCGGCCUGUCGCAUCCGAAUCCCCUCUACUCGUCGACGCCGUCUGCCGGCGGGCCUCUUGCGCCCUCAUUGCCGGCGUUGGGAGGCAGCGGCAGCCCCGGAGCCGGGCAUCACCAGGCGCCUCCGUUGUCGCCGCUGCAUCCCCCCAGCGGAUACUACCCGCCGCCCGAGUCGCAUGCGUCGCGCGAGAAGCCGGCCACGAGCAGCUACUACGACCCGCUGACGGAUACCACAAGAGAGAGGAGGGUUUCGGACGCGGGAUCGUGGCAUAACAGCGCGGCCAAGACGUCGCCGUCCAAGACCCGCGAUCCUUACGGUAAUUACUCGCAAACCGAGCCGGCCUCUCGCGACUCCCACCCCUACUACAAGAACGGUGCAGGCUACACGUCUCCAUCAGCCGCAAACUUCCCCCCGAGGAGUCCGCGAUCAACCACCCAUUCCCAUCACCAGUCCCAUCAACCGCCUGCCGGUUCCAUCAGCCCGUCAAACAGGGCCACGCAGCACAUGACGUCCCCCAGCCUGCGGCACGCUGCCUCCCCCAGCGUGCACGCUUCUUCCUCAAAUGGCGGCCCCGUCACGUCCCUGCCGCCUCUCGGCAAGCCCGAGCCUUCUCCCUUGAAAGCACCAGCUCCCGCCAGCACUCCUAGCCGCUCCGCCGACCCCAUGUCCUUCUCCAACAUCCUCUCGAGCUCCGAACCCACCUCCAAGCCAAAGUCUAAAUCGCCCCCGCCCGUCGAGCAAAAAGACAAAGAAAAGGAAAAGGAAAAGGAAAAGGAGAAGGAGGUGGUCAAGUCCGACCCGAAGCCCGACCGUGAGAAGCCUCGCUCGGUCGACCCGCCCGUCAAAACCGAGCGCGAAGCCGAGAUCGAGCUCCGUCCCGAGCCUAAGGAGCGAUCCAGCACGCCGCUCGCCCGCAGGGAGAAGAAGGAGAGAGUACCUAGAAAGUCAAAGUCAAGGGCUUCCGAUAUCAGAGAUGCCGAGUCUACACCCAAGACCAGCCGUCGGUCGUCCUCCAAGCUGGAGACCCCGACGCCUCGCGUCCCUGCUAAGCGUCAAGCCAACGGCCAGCCCAAGCAGAAGACGUUGUCCGCAGAGAAGGAGAAGAAGGUGCAGGCUCUGAUUGCCCAGCUUGACGCGGAAGCCGACGACCUUGACGAUGCUGAUUUUGCCGAGGAGCAUGCACAGUUCCAGCAGCGCGGCAACAAGCGCCGCAGACUUAUGCAGACAAAUGACAGCGCCCAGGGUGACCAGCGACGCGAAGAGUUCGCCACGGAUAUGACCCGUCGGCUGACUGUCCAUGCCGAUCUUGGUAAGCGCCGCUACGAUGACAUUUACUACGAGGAGGCCAUGAACGAAGUCAGGGAACGGGAGCUGUUUGCCGAGAAGGAGCGCAAGAAGGACAUGCAGCGAAAGCGACGCCGCGAGAAAUCCAUGGCCGUCACUAUGGAGCAGCAGAAGCUUGCCCUCGAACGCGCCCGCCUUGCUGAAGACGAGACCGAGAAGCAAAAGCACCUGAGGGAUGCCGAGCGUGCGAACAAGAAGGCGCAGCAGACAAAACUCAUUCUGCAGAAGGGCAUCAAGGGACCCGCUCGUAACCUUGUGGAGCUCAACCUCGAGGGCGGUACGAUGGCCACCUUCCAAGCAUCCGACAUGGAGCCUGGCACGAAGCCGAAGGGCAAGGGCCGCAGCGGGCCCAGGCCGAAGAAGUCCAAGGAGCAGAAGCAGGCCGAGAAGGAUUCUGCUGAGGCCGCACAGGCUGCCAUCGACGCCGGCGAGGAGCUGCCUGCCAAGGAAGAGGGCAAGAUCCGCAUCAAGUUCAACAAGAAGUCCAAGGAUAAGGAUAAGGAGAAGAACAAGGACAAGGAUCUGGACGAGGCCGACAUCGAGAUGCCCGACGGCGAACUCGACGGCGACGAAGAAACCAUUGUCGAACCCGUCGAGGAGAAGAAGGGCAAGAAGGAAAAGAAGAAGAAGGAGAAGAAGGAAGACAAGCCCGAGGAGCCACCCAACAAGGACGCCAAGUUCGAGACCAAGGGCUUCCUUCAGAUCUAUGACCAGAUUUGGCGCGACCUGGCCCGCAAAGAUGUCACCAAGACCUACAAGCUCGCGGCGGAGUCUUACCAGACCAAGGCUUCGAACCUCAAGAAGACUGCCAUUCUCGCUUCCAAGGAGGCCAAGAGGUGGCAGCUGCGCACGAACAAGGGCACCAAGGACCAGCAGGCUCGCGCCAAGCGUGUCAUGCGUGACAUGAUGGGCUUCUGGAAGCGCAACGAGCGUGAGGAGCGUGAUCUCAGGAAGGCUGCUGAGAAGCAGGAGAUUGAAAACGCCCGCAAGGAAGAAGCAGAGCGCGAAGCCGCCCGUCAAAAGAGGAAGCUCAACUUCCUUAUCUCUCAGACCGAGCUCUACUCCCAUUUCAUCGGCAAGAAGAUCAAGACGGACGAAGUCGAGCGCAGCACCGAUAACCCCGAGGUUGCCGCCGGCGAGAAGAAGGCCGCGACCGAUGAGAACAAGAUGGACGUUGACGAGCCGACCGGACCUCUGGGCGCCAAGGUCACCAACUUCGAGAACCUCGACUUUGACGAGGAGAGCGAGGAGAACCUGCGCGCGGCUGCCAUGGCCAACGCUCAGAACGCCAUUGCAGAGGCGCAGAGAAAGGCCAGAGAGUUCAACGAGCCCCAGGGUCCCGACAUGGACGAGGAGGGCGAGAUGAACUUCCAGAACCCCGCCGGUAUGGGCGACGUCGAGAUCGAGCAGCCCAAGCUCAUCAACGCCCAGCUCAAGGAGUACCAGCUCAAGGGUCUCAACUGGCUCGCCAACCUGUACGAGCAGGGCAUCAAUGGUAUUCUUGCAGACGAGAUGGGUCUCGGAAAGACUGUUCAGUCCAUUUCCGUCAUGGCCUACCUCGCCGAAAAGUACGACAUCUGGGGUCCGUUCCUCGUUGUCGCACCCGCCUCCACCCUUCACAACUGGGAGCAGGAAAUCCGCAAGUUCGUGCCGGAGUUUAAGAUUCUCCCGUACUGGGGUUCUGCUGGCGACAGAAAGGUGCUUCGAAAGUUCUGGGAUCGUAAGCACUCGACGUACAAGAAGGAGGCAUCCUUCCACGUCUGCGUGACGUCGUACCAGCUUGUCGUGUCUGAUGUUGCGUACUUCCAGAAGAUGAAGUGGCAGUACAUGAUUCUCGACGAGGCCCAAGCCAUCAAGAGUUCUCAGAGUUCCAGAUGGAAGAGCUUGCUGGGCUUCCACUGCCGAAACCGUCUCCUGCUCACCGGUACUCCCAUCCAGAACAACAUGCAGGAACUGUGGGCUUUGCUCCAUUUCAUCAUGCCGUCACUCUUCGACUCUCACGACGAGUUCAGCGAAUGGUUCUCCAAGGACAUCGAGUCGCACGCUCAGAGUAACACCAAGCUCAACGAGGACCAGCUCAAGCGUCUGCACAUGAUUUUAAAGCCAUUCAUGUUGCGUCGUGUCAAGAAGCAUGUCCAGAAGGAGCUCGGAGACAAGAUUGAGGAAGACGUCUACUGCGACCUCACCUACAGACAGAGAGCCAUCUACAGCAACCUUCGGAACCAGAUCAGCAUCAUGGAUCUUAUCGAGAAGGCUACUGCAGGCGACAGCGACGAUUCCGGCACUCUCAUGAACCUCGUCAUGCAGUUCCGAAAGGUCUGCAACCACCCCGAUCUGUUUGAGAGAGCCGACACCACCUCUCCGUUCUCCUUUGGGUACUUCGCCGAGACAGCUUCAUUUAUCAGAGAAGGUAAUGAGGUCAAUGUGGGCUACUCAACGCGCAACACCAUUGAGUACGACUUGCCUCGGCUCCUCUGGAGAGGAGAUGGCCGCGUCAACAAGAGCGACAUCAACAACCCCAAGGCGGGAUGGCGAAACAAGAACCUGCAGCACAUGAUGAACAUCUUCACCCCGGAGCACAUCAAAGACAGCAUGGAGGGCUCUGACAACUUUUCAUUCCUGCGCUUUGCCGACACUAGCCCGAACGAGGUAUACAAGGCCAGCCAUCAGGACAUCUUCACUCGCGCAGUCGAGCUGUCCCAGAAGAAGAAUCGUUUGGGCCACAUGAACGUUGCCUACGACGAGCCUGAGGACAUCAACUUCACGCCUGCUCAUGCACUGUUCCAGAUCAAGGAGCGCAGGAACAGGCAGCCUUUGGUCGACAUCACCGAGGAGGGUAUCCUGGCGAAUCUGAUGAAUGUCGCCCGCAGCGAGUACUCUGAGAGUGGAUUGGGUCGUCUGGAGCAAGCUGGUCGUCCUCGCGCCUCAGCGCCCCCUAUUGAGGUCAGCUGCUGCAGCCGUGGCGCCGACAUUGAGCGGGAGAACAUCAUGUUCAAUAUGCCCAUGCGCAAGAGCUUGUUCGGCCCUACCAUCCACGAAGAGCGGGCGAUGGUCACGGAGAAGAUUCCGAUUGAGCGAUUCCCGCCCCACAAGUUGUUGCCUGCCCCCGACAGCGAGAAGAGAAAGUUCACCAACAUCGCCGUGCCAUCCAUGCGUCGCUUCGUCACGGACAGUGGCAAGCUCGCGGUGCUCGACAGGCUACUUACUAAGCUUAAGGCUGAGGGACAUCGCGUGCUGCUCUACUUCCAGAUGACUCGCAUGAUUGAUCUCAUGGAGGAGUAUCUGACCUACCGAAACUACAAGUACUGUCGUCUCGACGGUUCCACCAAGCUCGAGGACAGAAGAGACACGGUUGCCGACUUCCAGACUCGCCCCGAGAUCUUCAUCUUCCUGCUGUCCACCCGUGCCGGUGGUCUCGGUAUCAACUUGACGUCUGCUGACACCGUCAUCUUCUACGACUCCGAUUGGAACCCUACAAUCGACUCGCAGGCCAUGGACAGAGCACACAGACUGGGUCAGACUCGCCAGGUUACGGUGUACCGUCUCAUCACCCGCGGCACCAUCGAAGAACGUAUCCGCAAGCGUGCUAUGCAGAAGGAGGAGGUGCAGCGUGUCGUCAUCACGGGUGGCGGCGCUUCUGUCGAUUUCUCUGGUCGUCGCGCUCCUGAGAACCGCAACCGUGAUAUUGCCAUGUGGCUUGCGGACGACGACCAGGCUGAGAUGAUUGAGCGUCGCGAGAGAGAGCUCCUCGAGAGCGGCGAGCUCGAUAAGCCGCAGAAGAAGAAGGGUGGCAAGCGCAAGCGAGUGGUCAACGAGAACCUUAGUUUGGACGAGAUGUACCACGAGGGCGAGGGCAACUUCGACGAUCGCAAUGCAGCCAACGGCACUUCAGGUACGGCCACGCCCGUGGCAGAGCCCGACGUCAAGGGAGCGAAGAAGCGGCGCGUGGGCGGCAAGAAGGCCAAGACCUUGAAGCAACGACUCGCCGUCGCGGACGGCCAGGUCUGA